GGGCGUCAUUUUGAAUAUGCUCGACCGUUUUCACAAUUCAAAAGGUUCGGUUGCAGGUGCUGGGAAGAGGUGACGAGACUGAGAAGGUACCCGCUGCACAGAGGCGGGUGUGAGGCUCGGUGCCGCCGCCCGGGGUGCCCCGCACCAGGCCGGGGAGAGGGUCCGCCGUGCCCGCGUACCCCCGCCUUUCCCGCCGCUCCCGGACCUUCAGCCCACAGAGUCCGAUGGCGGCGGCGGCGCUGAGGGACCCGCCUCAGGUUGGCGUGACCUUUGAGGACAUUGCCGUGUACUUCUCCUGGGAGGAAUGGAGGCUCCUGGAUGAGGCUCAGAUACACCUGUACCUCGAUGUGAUGCUGGAGAACUAUGUGCUUAUAUCUUCACUGGGUUCCUGCUGUGGAGCAGAGGAUGCAGAGACACCUUUUGAACAGAUUGCUUCUCUAGGAGUGUCACGGGCUAGGACUCCCAAGGCAGCUUUGUCUUCCCAGAAGACCCACCGCUGUGAGAUUUGCGAUCCAGUCUUGAGACAUGUUUUCUAUUUGGCUGAGGACCAGGAAACACAACACAGCCAGAAGUUGUUGAGAUGUGGGGCAUGUGUGAAACGAUUUUAUUUUAGUGCAAACUUUCAACAGCACCAGGAACAGCAUAGGGGAGAGAAAACUCUCAGAAACAGUGUGGACAAGGCCUCAUUUGUGAAGAGCUGCAGAUUCCAUGUGUCGCAGAAGCCAUUUGCCUGUGGGGAGUUUGAAAAGGAUUUCCCAACCAUUGUGGGACAUCUGCAGCAACAGGCCACUCAUACUAUGGGGAAGCCAAACACAAUCACCCAGUGCGGGUCAACUUCACAAGGCAAGAAAAGUAAUCACACCUGGGGAGAAGGCAAGAAAGCCCUCAGCCCCAAACACACACUUGUUCAGGACCAAGAUGUCCACACUGGAAGACCUUGUUUUGUGUGCAGUGAGUGUGGGAAAACAUUCAGGUACAAAUCCUCAUUUGUUGUGCACCAGAGAGUCCAUGCUGGAGAAAGGCUUCAUGUGUGUGGUGAAUGUGGAAAAUCCUUUAAGCAAAGCUCAACCCUCAGUCAACAUCAAAGCUUUCACACUGGGACAAGGCAGUACAAGUGCAGCAAAUGUGGGAAAUCCUUAAACUACAAAUCUGUCCUCAUUUAUCCCCACACAUGGCGCAUUGAAGAAAAUAGUUACGUGUGCAGUGAAUGUUCAAAAUCUUUUACCUCUAGCUCAGCCCUCACUUAUCAUCAGAGAUCUCACACAGGAGAAAGGCCUUAUGAGUGCAGUGAAUGUGAGAAAUCUUUUAUCUCUAGGCCUGCCCUCAGAUAUCAUCAGAGAUCACACACAGGAGAAAGGCCUUAUGAGUGCAGUGAGUGUGGGAAGUCUUUUACCACUAGCUCUAACCUCCAUUAUCAUCAAAGAGUUCACACUGGAGAAAGACCUUAUGAAUGUAGUGAAUGUGGGAAAUGUUUUAACAAUAGGUGGGUUCUCAUUCAGCACCAGAGAGUUCACACAGGAGAAAGGCCUUAUGAAUGUACUGAGUGUGGGAAAUUGUUUAAAUAUGGAUCUCAAUUGAACCAACACCAGAAAGCUCACACUGGCGAAAAGCCUUUUAAGUGUACUGAAUGUGGGAAGUCUUUUAAUAACAGGUGGACCCUCAUUCAGCACUGGAGAGUUCACACAGGAGAAAGGCCUUUUGAGUGCAAUGAAUGUGGGAAAUCGUUUAACAGAAGAAAUAACCUCAUUUUACACCAGAGAAUUCACACAGGAGAAAGGCCUUAUGUGUGCAGUGAAUGUGGGAAAUCUUUUACCUUUAGUUCCAGCCUUCGUUAUCAUCAGAGAGCUCACACUGGAGAAAGACCUUAUGACUGCAGUGAAUGUGGGAAAUCUUUUAUCUCUAGGUCUGACCUCCAUUAUCAUCAGAGAGUUCAUUCUGGAGAAAGACCUUAUGAGUGUAGCGAAUGUGGGAAAUCCUUUAUCCAAAGAAAUAACCUCAUAAUACACCAGAGAAUUCACACAGGAGAAAGGCUUAUGAAUGCAGUGAAUGUGGUAAAUCUUUUACCUGUAGUUCCACUCUCCAUUAUCAUCAGAGAGUUCACACUGGAGAAAGGCCUUAUGUGUGCAGUGAAUGCGGGAAGUCUUUUAUUACCACAUCCAAACUGCGUUGUCAUCAGAGAGGUCACAUUGGAGGCAGGUCUUAAGAGUGCACUGAAUGUGGGAAAUCUUUUACAGUAAGUCUUCUAUGUACUAACAAAUUCCGUUCAACCUAGGUACUCAACUAACCCAAUGGGCUAUGUAGUAUUGUACUGCAAUAGGUUUAUAAUACUUUUCACACAAAUAAUACAUGAAAAUCAAACACGAAAAAUAAAGCAUUUUUAAUCCUAUGGUACAGUACCUCGAGGGUUUACAGUAGUACUAGCUCAUCACUGUUGCUUUUUUUUU